AUGUUUGCAAGAAAUACGAGGAGGCAAGCCUCGGCAAUUUCAGGAUUAUCGGCGCAUCUUUUCAAAGCUCGAGUCCACUCUCGAAAUACUACAAGGAGUUAUAGCCAGAAGACAUCAAACUCGCCCAGCGGCAAUCAAGGAUGGAUUGGACCUACGGUAGCUCUCGUCGGAACUUUUACCUUGGCAUCGGCUGCCUAUCUUUAUACCAAUAAGGAACCCGCGGUCAAACAAAUACCAGCACGGUCGAUGAAAGUUGCAGUUGCAGUUGAAGAAUCUAGGGUCGAUGAUACUCUGUCAAAAGAGCAGAAUCGAGAAGCCCUCAGCACCCAACAUGCUCAGGUCCGUAAUAUGUCAGACAACCCUGGGGUGUAUGCAUGGGGAGCAAAUAGCCACCGAGUCGUUGAUCCCGACUCGUCCGAAACCAUAAUAAGAAGCCCUCAUCGCAUACGUUAUUUCGAAGGACGAUACUUGAGGGAUAUCAAGCUCAGUGAAACUUCGGGGGCAGCUGUUACAGAUAGUGGUGACUUGGUUCAAUGGGGAAAAGGUUUCUCGGAAUCUGAAUUCCAACCUGUGCCUACACUAAAAGGAAAGAAUCUCGUCUCAAUAAGUUUGUCUCGAGACAGAAUCAUAGCUUUAUCGUCUGGCGGAAAUGUUUACUCGAUACCGAUAUCAAAAUCCGAUCAGGAAUCGGGCCCCAAGCCUCGAGAGACCUCGUGGAUCCCAUUUCGAUCACCCAGGUCUCACAUUAGCUAUCGUCCGCUCACUCCACAGCUAGGCCUGGGUGAGAAAGUCACAUCAAUUGCGAGCGGCUUGGAACAUGUAUUGCUACUUACAAGUGCGGGUCGCGUCUUUUCUGCCGCGGCUGCUACUGAAUAUUAUCCCUCGAGAGGCCAACUCGGAGUUCUUGGAUUAACAUGGGCAACUCGUCCAAAGGGACCAGUUGAUCGCUGUCACGAGAUAACCUCCUUGAAGAACUUCAAAAUCCAAAAAAUUGCAAGUGGAGACUUCCACUCUUUGUUAUUGGAUAAGGAUGGGCGUGUAUUUGUUUUCGGCGAUAACUCUUUUGGACAGCUUGGAAUCGGUUAUGAUCCCACUACCCCUGUGAUCGACACACCCAAGCAACUUCCGAUGAAAGGCUUAUAUUCGAGCAAAGGCUGGGCUACUCGUGUCACUAAUGUCGCAGCAGGUGGUUAUACCAGCUUUCUCACCAUUGAUGCGCAACGGGCUGAAGGAUCUCCUGACGACAAAUCCGACCUCUCUCCCAAGCCUGCUUCUGUCAGCGUUGAUACCUGGUCUUUUGGUAGAGGCAUCCACGGAGCCCUUGGAACAGGAAAGUGGACACACAUUCAAGACCGCCCCAGCAAGGUGAAAGCUCUCAGCGGCCUUUCUGAAUAUGACGAAAAAGCUCAGAAGGUCUUACCAAUUCACCUCGUCCAAAUUGCUGCUGGUGCUACACAUGCCGCUGCUGUUCUGGGCAAUAACUCUCACUUAAGAACCUCAAAACGGUCAUCAGUAGCUGACACAACAUGGGGCCAAGAUACCCUCUGGUGGGGAGGGAAUGAAUCUCUCCAACUUGGCACUGGAAAGCGAAGUAACAUUCCGACUCCAACGCAUAUUCUCCCUCCUCCAGAUAUUGUAACCUCAGCCAAUCCUGAUGAGUCUCGAUUUCAAAUUCUUCCCGGUCAACAGCGCAUUGAGUGUGGCAGACAAGUAACUGCCGUCUACUCUGUCAAGAGCUGA